AUGGGGACGUCCCUGCAACAAAUCACCUUGAUGGUGGACUUCCUGGUGAUUAACCGGCCAUCAGCUUACAACAUUAUAAUGGGCCACCCUUCACUCAACGCAACUCGAGUCGUGACGUCCACUUACCACCUAAAGGUAAAAUUCCCUACUCCACAUGGGAUGAGGAUGAUUAAGGGAGAUCAAUCAGCAACUCGGAAUUGUUAUGUGAUGGUGUUAAAAGGCAAGAAUGAGGCAUGGAAGGCCCUGACUAUCGAAGACCUAGAGGUAAAGGGAGAAGGUCCACAAAUCGUUUUGAUUGACAAGGAUCUUAUGAACAUCCCCAUAAACGGCAAUCAAGAGAGGUGUGUCCAAAUAGGAAGCCGAAAGAAGAGAAGCUUUGCAUUAAAACGAAUCAAGGUGAUAGAUGAAGAAGUGACAAAGCUAGUACAGGCUAAAUUCAUCAAGGAAGUUAGCUAUCCAGAAUGGAUCAACAAUGUAGUCUUGGUAAAAAAUCCAAAUGGAAAGUGGCGGACUUGUAUUGACUUCACGGAUUUGAAUAAGACGUGCCCUAAAGAUAGCUUUCCACUUCCCCACAUUGACUAG